AUGAAACGUUGGGGUACCUCGCUGCAGCGGGCGAACGCUUUCCGUGAGCCUUGUUUGGUUGGUUUGUGCUGUGGGUCCCCGGCGCCGAAGCCUCGUGCUGGGCCGAGGCCCAUCCCGCCGCCCUCGCCGCUGGCCGGGCGCCCAGGGCCUCCAGGCCGGGCCUCCAGCGCCGGCUCCCGCCUGCGGCUGCACGAAGCCCAGCAGCUCCGGUUGCGGGUUACACUCCAGCGGCAGCAGCCUCGGGAACUUGCCCUGCACUGGGGUCAGCCGGCCGGCGUCCUGGCCGCGGCUCAGCACCGCUCGGUGGAGCCCUGUGUCAGGACUGUGGGACUGAGAACCCACAACCCUGGAGAAGCGAGGUGCCUGGCGGCCCUUCCGGCUUUCUACCCCGUGCCCGCCAACGCUGGCAGAGUCUCCCCUGCCUGUGAUCUGAUCGCAGGGCAACCGGACGCUGCAGGGGCGCGGCGGCCAUCGCUGGCCUGCGCGGCCUUUGGCGACCUCGGGGUCCCUGUGCGCUCCGUGCAGCUCUCCGAUCGGGGUGCGGUGGGGUCCCCGCAGCAGGGGCGGCGAGUCGCGGUUCAGAGAGACAUGGAAGGUGUUGGCUCGGCCUUGGCCUUUGGAGGAGAAGCUUGGAAGACUUACAGCUCUUCAGUGAGCCUGACUGGGACCAGCAGUGACCCCGAUGCCACUGAGGACCCGGGGGACCAGGAGAGCUGUGCCUUCUUCCCCAAAAGGGACCUGGCAACGGAAGACGAGGAAUCUGACGGCCCGUUGGGGCAGCAGGACCUGAAGGAGGCCUAUGUCCAGCUCGUCCAGGGCACGCAGGAGUGGCACGACGGCUGCACCUACCGCGGCGAGUUCGGGCUGCACACGAAGCUCGGGUUUGGCGAGUUCUCCUGGCCCACGGGCGAGACGUACCGUGGGCACUUCUACCAAGACCACCUCCACGGCUUGGGCACCUACACGUGGCCUGAUGGCUCCACUUUCACCGGCACCUUCUACCUCAGCCGCCGAGAGGGCUACGGCUCCCUGUACCUGAAGACAAGGCUCUUCCAGGGACUGUACAAGGCGGAUACACGGUUCGGGCCGGGCGUGGAGACUCACCCCGACGGCAGCCAGGACGUGGGGCUGUGGGCCAAGGAGCACCUCAUUAAGCUGUGCUCGGAGACGCCCGGCAGCUUCUCCCUGCUCACCUACCCAGAGCUGGCCCACUUCCUCACACGGGCCCCAGCCAGGCUCAGUCUGCCGGGUGACGGGAAGAUGGACUGGGGCCUGGGCGAGGGCCAGGACCCCUUCUUCUAUGAAUAUAAGAGGUUCCUCCUGGACGACACCCUCACGCUGCCCCCAGACAUGCACGUCUACUCCACUGACAACAGCCACCUGCCCGUGACCUGCUCCUUCCGCAAGGACUUGGAUGCCCGCUUCUUUGUGGAUGAUGUCCCACCCUUCGUGGAGGACGGAGAGCCCUGGUUCAUCACGAACGAGACCCCUCUCCUGGUCAGGAUGCAGGAGCAGGCGUACAGGUUCAGGAACAACAAGGCCUACACCCACUGGAACAUGGCUGCCAUCAUGAGGGGCGACCGCAGCAGCUUCGCACACUGUGGGCUCAGGGAACAGCUGGCCAGGGAGAUGAUCCUGAAGGCUGAGAACGGGGACUAUGACUGGAUCUGUGGGAUUCUGCGGGACAACCUGGCCUCUGCCAACGUGGCUGAUGCCAAGGGCUACACCGUGCUUGCUGCGGCUGCUGUCCACUGCCGUGUGGAGAUCAUCAGCCUCCUGCUGGACAGCGGGGCUGACGUGAACAAGCUCUCGGAUGAGGGCCUCACACCCCUCAGCAUGUGCUUCCUUCUGCACUACCCCGCCACAUCCUUCAAGGCCAACAUUGCCGAGAGGACCGUGCCGGAGCCCCAGGAAGGGACUCUUCGCUCCCCAGUUCUGCCAACCCACUCCUUCCUGCCCGUUGAGUACACCACGGACUCUCUCAAGCACCAGGAGGAUGUCCUGAGCCAGAGCUGGUAUGAGCUGAAGUCGGUGGUUCAGGGCUCCGAGGAUGACAUUGCCUCUUGGAACCUCCUCCAGUUGUCCCAGGAGUCAGUGGACAUGGGGAGCACAUCCCAGAGGCCUGGCUCCGCGCAGGACAGGGGCGCCCUCCUCGAGUCCCUGCAGGGGCUGGACGACGCUCUGGGGAAUGCAGACAAGUACUCACAGUACAGCAACGACAUGACCUUUGACACCAACCGUGGUGUCCACGCCUUCUCCAUCACACUCUCGCCUGGCUUCCUGGAGCAGAGUGCCUACAUCUACAGCUUGCUCAAGGCCCCGCCCUUGGGCGCCAGCAGCUCUGACAAGGGGACCUUGCGGAAAAUGGUGCUGUCCCUGAUUGAACGCAGGAACAGAUGGCAGACCAUCCAGCUGCUGUUGCGCCGAGGCGCUGACCCCAACCUGUGCUGCGUGCCCAUGCAGGUCCUGUUCUUCGCUGUGAAGGCCGCAGACGUGGAUGGUGUGAAGCUGCUGCUGGAGAACGGGGCACGGACUGACAUCCAGCUCCCCCCACAGCUGCGGUCGCUGACCCCCCUCCACAUUGCCGCCGCCCUUCCUGGGGAGGCAGGCGUCCGGGUAACGGAGCUGCUGCUCCAUGCCAUCACUGACGUGGAUGCCCAGGCAGCCGACCAGGACGAGAUGUACCGGCCACACAAGGUGGAGCAGCUAUCGCCCUCAAGCCUGAAGCUCAACAAUGAGCCAGGUCCGCCCAGCACCUACUACACCCAGAGCACCCCAGCCCCCGAGGGUGGGCGGACUGCACUGCAUGUGGCCUGUGAGCGUGAGGACGACGCCAAGUGUGCCAGGGACAUAGUCCGACUCCUGCUCUCCCACCAAGCAAAUCCCAACAUGCUGUGGAGUGGCCACUCUCCACUCUCCCUGUCCAUCGUCUGUGGUAAUGACCUGAUCAUGAGGGAACUUCUGGCUCACGGAGCUGACCCCAACCUGCCCCUGACCAAGGGCUUGGGCAAUGCCCUGUGUAUGGUGUGUGACCUGACCUAUGAGCACAAGCGGAGCACGGACAACAGACUGGCCCUGAUUGACCGGCUCAUCAACUGUGGGGCUGACAUACUGAGGCCCGUGAAGCUCACACAGGGGGACAAGGUGGCUGUGGGCACAGUUGUCGACUAUGGGUACUUCAAGUUCUUCCAGGACCGGAAGAUCGCCCACUGCCCCUUCCACACACUGAUGCCGGCCGAGCGGGAGACGUUCCUGGCCCGGAAGAGGCUGCUGGAGUACAUGGGCUUCCAGCUGCGCCGUGCCGUCCUCGCCAAGGAGAGCCAGUGGGACCCAACGCUGCUGUACCUGAGCAAGAGAGCGGAGCUGGCUCCCAGCCACAAGACGAAGAAGAAGGGCCUGGGGUCAUCCAAGGGUCCGGACACAGAGGAGCUGCAGCAGAUCCCCUUCUUCAAGUUCUGCUGCCACUGUGGCCGCUCGGUCGGGGUGCGCCUCUCACCUUGCCCCCGCUGCUACAGCAUCCUGACCUGCAGCAAGCUGUGCAAGACGAGAGCCUGGAGCGAGUUCCACAAACAAGACUGCCACGCCACCCUGGUCAUGAUGGGGCGGGCAGAGCAGCUGCCCUGGGGCUAUGCCCAGUACUCCCUGCUUGGCACCAUCUGGGAGCUUCCAGAGGCUCCGGGCUCUGUGUUCUCACCGGUGCCCACCUCUGCCCUGGGGUCUGGCCUCCAAGGCAUCCCUGCCCCUGUGCCCGAGGACCCGCCCACGUAA